GGCGGGGUGAGUCAGCGACGGGGGAAACUCCCACGAUGGUCAAGUUGAGAAGCUCUGCCACGAGCCGCGUAUUCCCGGCCCGGACUCCUUUGGGGCAGCAGCGCGACGCGAGCCCGUUUCCUCUUGUCUUCCCAGCGCGUGCGGUGCUACUCAGCUGGCAUGAAAACCAGUGUGGUGCAGUGAGCAGAUUGUCGCACUUAGACAAAUGAGAAUCUGGCUUCAUAUCCCUGCUCAGCUAUUAAGCUCACGGAUGAUCCAGGGCAUCCUACUUUGCAAGAGGCAAAAAUGAGAGACCGACUCUUUGAGCUUUAUGAGCUAUCAAGACUUUAUAGCCAACAUACUCCUAAUGCUGAGGAUGACUGGAGCUUACCUCAUGAAUCUCUUCUGUUUGAAACAGAUUAUGCCUUGGCAAGUCUUUACAAAGACAUUCAGGGAAUCCGUAUGAACAAUCACCACCUACAAGAGGACAUUCGACGCCUGGGCAAGCAAAAUACUCGUUUCCUUACAUCUUUUCGCCGCUUCAGUAGCAUAAAACGUGACGCAAACACAAUUGCAAAAGACAUCAAAGCCCGUGGAGAAGAGAUCCACAGGAAACUUCAGGCUUUGAGAGACUUCAGUGAAGAUGCAGAAACAAAAUAUGGCCCAAACACAAUCAUAUCCCGUGUAUCAAAGGACCACUAUGUUGAUCUCAUGCAUUCUUUUCAGGAAGCCAUGUUUCAGUACAAUGAGACAGAGAUGAACCAGCGUGAAAACUGCAAGGUUAGGAUCCAACGACAGCUAGAGAUCAUGGGCAAGGAUGUGUCUGGGAACCAGAUAGAGGACAUGAUGGAACAAGGCAGGUGGGACGUUUUCUCUGAGAACCUUCUGUCUGAUACAAAGGGAGCUCGUUCAGCCUUGAAUGAGAUAGAGACGCGGCACAAAGAGCUGAUGAAGUUGGAAUCCCGAAUCAGGGAAGUCCAUGAACUCUUCUUGCAGGUAGCUCUAUUGGUAGAAGAGCAGGCUGACACCUUUAAUAUUAUCGAACUCAACGUGCAAAAUGUUGAAGACUAUGUUGGAGAAGCUAAAGGUCAAGUAAGAAGAGCUCUUGAAUAUCGGAGGAAACAUCCUUGUCGAACAAUCCUCUGCUGCUGCUUACGAUGCUGCAGAGGCUGACUAUCCUCAUCAAAUCUCUAGAUCAGUGUUAUGGGGCACAUUCAGAUUAUAAUACACUUACAGUUUGUGUUCAGUUUGAGAAAGAUUACAACAGUGUCCUUUCUUAUUUUCAUUAAUGACUUAGGUACAUGUAUUUCAACAUGCAUUUAAAGCCAAAGGUUAUUAGCAAGUUGUGGUGUAUUCCAUAAUAACAGAAGGCAAAAUUAACCUUGUCUGCCACAUUGUUGCCAAAAUGAUUUCUAGACUAGAAUAUAUACAAAGCCAAGGAAAUAUUAGUCAGGUGGAUAAUCAAUUGUUCCUAAAUGAGCACUUUUAGUGCAAUUUAAAAAAAACCAUCCUGGAUUUUAAAGUAGUCAGUGCUGUGGACAGUUAUUCUUUCCUGGACAAAAAAAGGGAAGAAAUUACUGGUGUGAAUCUCAGCAAUGCUGUCUAGAAAACCAGCAUGCACAUAUGAUUUGAGAGUUUUGAUACAAGAUUUGUUGUAAUUGUACAUAGGAGAUACUUAUUUUUUUAACAUUCUGAUGUUUCUGUAUAUUAAGUAAAAUAAAUGUAGAAGUUUUAAAUAUAUUUUGGUUACUGUACAAAGAAAAAUGUUGAAUUGCUCUCUGUCCAGUAUUUUUUAUCCGUCAUGAGGGCACUUGUGGAUGCAGAGAAGCAUGAAAGUAGCCAGAGCUGGCCUAACAUUUUGCUACCUCAAGUGGAGCAACAAAUGGUGUGUCCUCCCCUAAGUCAAAGUGCAGAGUAACCAAGGCUGGUGGUUGUUUUGACACCUGAGACAGAAAAUCCUACAAGCGUCUGUCCUCUCCUUGGCAGUGAAAAAUUAUUAUUAACAACAAAUUAAAAAAACAAAUAAUUUGCUCCCUUUUUAUGACACCUGAAAUCAGCUGCCUAUGGAAGCCACCUCACUCUGCCUAAUGAUAAUAGCUACAUUUGCCAGAGGAUAUGAGAAUGAACAGGACACAGUCUGAGAAAAUGGAGGUGCUUCCAGACAAGAGUUUACUGUGGAAUCCAUUGCUGCUCAUGCACAGACGUUUUUUGCAUCGUCCACAUGGCAUUGUAAUCAUCAAAAUGCCAGCAUGUAGGUUUUUUUUCAUUUAGUCCAGAUUUACCUAUUCCAUGGAAAAUCCAAUAAGUAAAAAUGACCUGUUAUGCAGCUGUCGUCGCUGCUGGUGGGGAAACUCCUUAUCACUUUUUGGCGGUGGUGGUGAGCAGUUUGCCAUAUGUAUGGUGAUAUUUCAGUGUAUGGUUUCUGUUGCCAAACCCCUACUUCUACUUGUUCCUCACCUGAGCAUGACAUAGUAAUUUUGUUUCUGGCAGGCCCCAAAACAGGAGUGUGCCUAUUUCUACCAACUGCUGCCCACAGAAGGUGUGUUUGAAUUUCAGUAACCUGGUUUAGAAUAUGUGUUGGAGAUCAUUCUUCAGACUGUAAUCACAGUACAUACACUGGAAUUUUUAAAAAAAGAGUGAUAAAGAGGUCAUACUUAAGAUUUCUUUAUCACUCUCGUGCAAGCCUUAUCCCAAUCUGCAUCUGUGCUGGAAUUGCUUUUAAAAAUGUUUUUAAAGGUUUUUUUUAAAGAUGUUUUUAAGAUGUUUUAUUUUAAUGUUUUUAAAGGUGUUUUGUUUUAAUGUGUUUUAAAGUAUUUUGUUUUUAAGAUAUUUUAGAGUGCUUUUAGUGUUUUUGCUUGUCGCCCUGGGCUCCUUCUGGGAAGAAGGGCAGGAAAUACAUACAUACAUACCUUAGUCAGGUAAAUAUCAGUCUUACACAAGACCUCAGUAUUUUUUUAAAAAGAAAUCAAAUGGUGAUGAGCAUUCCUCCCUGUCUCCUCCCGAAAACAUGUAUCCAUUUUGCCCAUUGUGAAACUUGAUAACUAAUAGCACGAUCCAAACCCAAGUUCCACUGAGAUGAGUGAGUUUGGAUUAGGCAAAUUUGAGCUGUGCUGCUGUAACUCCCUCAUCUCAGCUCAGCCAGGGAUACACCAGUGUAACUCCCUCAGCCUGAAUGAGCCAGGGCUAUGCUGGCUCAGCCAGUGGAACUUAAGCCAGCGUAAAUCCCCAAAAGGAGCAUGAGGGUGGAUGGGUAAAGAGAGACUUUCACCUAUUCCAAACCUCUUUCAGCUCAGUCACUUGACUUGGCAACCCGGUGGAACUUAGUCUGGCAAAAAGGGUGGUGUAAGUCAGUCUCUGUUUUAAAAGCUGGUUGCCCCUCUGCCAGACUCAGUUCAGCUCAGGCAGCAGUUGCCCUGCUCCUGAACUGAGCUUGGAACAGGGUAAUUUAUCCCAGCUGAAUUUCAGCUGGAGUAAAUUCAGUUGGCUUCCUGUACUUAGGAUUGCUCUACCUGGCUAGUAAUGCCUGCUGUUGCCCUCUUGCACACUUCCUGGAAUUUUUUUCCAGUGCACAUGUACAGAAAUACUUCUGCCUGAGCCCUGAACAGAAAAAGACAGCAGAGGAGGAGUGGUUGAAGGGAAGGAUAAAACAACAGCAACAGCCUGGAUAUAUCCCAUCAAGCUCUGCUCAUUGGUUGGGAGGGCAAGAGGCAGAGUAGCACUAAAUGUAAUGACAAAAAAGGGAGUCUAUGGACAUAUGUGUGCCAGUCAUCCACAAAGAGAUCUGAAUGACCCAUUUGUGAGAUAACAUUCCCAUCUGGAAGCAUCCUGGGUUAGAGAAGUCACUGUUGCCAAUUAAAGUGUGCAAUGCUACAGCUGUGCAGCUGACAGCAGCCUAGGAAUCUCAUAGUAAGAAGAGGAUGCGGAAGGUCAAACACCAUGAAGCAUCAUCUAUGGCUUCAUCUAGAGGGCAAAAAACGCUGCCACUCGGAGGUCAAAGUGAACAAAAGUGGUAGUUAAAAAGUAAAGGUUUGGAGAGAGCUAAGAAGAACCAGAGAUCCCAUUUGGAGCCUGGGAGAAGGUUGGCAAGAGGCAGAGCUUGGAAAAGUUACUUUUUUGAACUACAACGCCCAUCAGCCCAAUCCAGUGGCCAUGCUGGCUGGGGCUGAUGGGAGUUGUAGUUCAAAAAAGUAACUUUUCCAAGCUCUGGCAAGAGGCAUAGGAGGAUUAUGGCCCCAAAUGUCCCCUGGAAUGUGGAUGUAUAGCGAAUGCUCUUUCCUAUAUGUACAUAUGUUUAUGUACACAAUAUGUUUAUGUUUAUAUAUAUGUUUAUGUACAUAAUAUCAAGGAGAGAAAUAGACCUCCAAAUUCAUUUCAACCAUGCACACAUUUUUGCUUGAUUUUGAAGGUGCUCAAAUGGAAAAACUUGGAGUGAUGAUCUGUGUAAUAUCAACUUCCAAAAAGAAUCACAGAAUUAACUUGCUACUUUUGAAGACACGUGUAUGUUCGAUUGGUGCUUUAGAUGAACAAUUUUGAUUUUAGAAACAAUGUAAAGCCAGUUGCAAUAUUUUAUAAUUUUCUGCUAAUUUGUUUUCUAAUAAAAUAUUUUUCCAAGAAA